CAUGUGCAAGGAAGACAAGUAGUUAAUUGCCAGGGGGUUGAUAGCGUGCCAUAACGAAGCGUCCCUCGGCUCUUCCGUACCAGUUGUCGCAGUCGUAGCAGCCAUGGCGGACAAGAACAAGAUCCUGCCGUGGUCCUUCCUCCCGUAUCCGGCUAGCUUUCUCAGCCACGUCUGGUACAGCCAGUUUGCGCUCAACACUAGGUUGCUCGAGAGCAUGAAGAUGCCGACGCGGAUCUCGGGUUUCCACAUAAGCGACAUACUGGAGCUGAACGACGCCAAGCCGAGCGCCGAGGAAGCGGAUGUCCAAGGUCAGACGACGGUGUUGCCGGCGCCGGCGAACGAGGUGCCGUCGACGUACCAGCAGCUGCUGGAGCACACGACGGCCAUGCUCCAGCCGGUGGGCAGUGCCCCGGGAGUGGGGCCUUUGCAUCACGGGCCGGGGGGCUUUGGCCUCGGUCGCGCUCUGCCAACGAACGGCGGGCCCUUGGGUCCCUCGACGGCCGCCGGGCUAUUGGGCUGGCACCAGCCCACCAGCCUCCCUCAGCCCCUCGACGAGGUCAACGUGCUCCAGCAGCCCGACUCGACGAGCCCGGCCAUCUCUGACCUGUCGUACCCGUCGCAGCGCGAGCACAGCGUCCACGGGUCCAAGGAGGAGGACGAGCCGCCCGAGUCCCCCAUAGACGCCGAGUACGACGAGGACGAGGACGACGACGACGAGGACGACGAGGCGGACGACGAGCACAAGAGGCGCCCCAAAGACCCCACCACCAACAACAACAACGUGCUGAUGAGUAGCAACGAGGGUGGUGGUGGUGGUGGUGGUGGUAAGCGUUGGCGGGAGGAGGUUGAGGAGGAGGAGGUGGACCGGGUCGAGCAAAGUGGGGGGAAAAAGCGCAAGCGGCGCGUCCUGUUCUCCAAGGCCCAGACGUACGAGCUCGAGCGGAGGUUCCGGCAGCAGCGGUACCUGAGCGCCCCGGAGCGCGAGCACUUGGCCUCGAUAAUCCGGCUGACGCCCACGCAGGUGAAGAUCUGGUUCCAGAACCACAGGUACAAGACGAAGCGGGCGGCGAGCGAGCGGGUCGAGGCUGGUAAUGGUGGCCCGAGGUUGGAUUGUUCCCCGAGGCGGGUGGCCGUGCCGGUUUUGGUCAAGGAUGGCAAGCCGUGCCAAUCGAAGCUGCUCGAGCCCGGGGCCAACGUUGCGGUGUCCGCGCCCGGGGCCUACGCGGGACUUAAUGGCCAGUUGCCCAUGCACUCGUACAUGCAAAAGCCCUACUGGGGCUUUUAUUGAACGUGCAGUGUUUUAAUAUUAUUAAUACAACAUAUACCGGUGAUACCAAGGAGGUCCGUUUGUGUGUGCGUGCGUGCAUGUAUAUUA